UUAAUUGAGGAGCACGUGGGGCCAUGGCCGAACUGUGGACACUGCGAAACUCCCAAUCUUCUCCAAUUCCCAUAAUUUCCAACUCUUGGAGAGUGGACGGCAACGUCGGUUCGUCAUUGGGACUGGCCAUACGCGCUCCACAUUUCUCCAAUCCACUGGAAUCAGAUGGAACCCCCUCGUCUCCUCAGGUUGGGCUCUGAUUUCCAUUGAAGUUAUCGCGAUUCUUGUCGAGUUUUUGGGAAUUUCUUGAAGUUUUUGAGAACCCCAUUUCCAAUUCCUCGUCUGUUGUUCUACUGUUUAGUUUUAUGUGAGAUUUCAGAAUCCCUUUUGACUUUUGUGACUUGCUGAAAUUCUGCUUGUCUUGCUUUGAUUUUGGGAGUUUUCUGUUGGUUCAUCUUGUAAAUCCAUGGAUACUUUGCUUAAAAUCAAUAACAAGUAUGGGUUUCUGCAACCACUGCAUGGGAUUUCUGAAAAAGUGAGUGGUGUGAGGAGUUCGAAGUUUCAAACUCAGGAAUUUGGAUUUGGCCAUAGGAAGGCUCGUUUGAAAUGGAGGAGUGGUGGUUGUGUUAAUGUGAGAAGUAGUGCUCUUCUGGAGCUUGUUCCUGAAACCAAGAAGGAGAAUCUUGAGUUUGAGCUUCCCAUGUAUGAUCCGUCGAAAGGCCUCGUCGUCGAUCUUGCGGUUGUGGGAGGUGGCCCAGCAGGGCUUGCUGUUGCACAGCAGGUUUCAGAGGCAGGGCUUUCAGUUUGUGCAAUUGACCCUUCUCCCAAGUUGAUUUGGCCCAAUAAUUAUGGAGUUUGGGUGGACGAAUUCGAGGCCAUGGAUUUGCUAGAUUGCCUCGACACGACUUGGUCCGGUGCUGUUGUGUUCACCAAUGAGCAAUCAACGAAAGAUCUCGCUCGACCUUACGGGAGGGUUAAUAGGAAGCAGCUCAAGUCAAAAAUGUUGCAAAAGUGCAUUUCCAAUGGUGUUAAGUUCCAUGAAGCUAAAGUUAUUAAAGUUAUACAUGAGGAGUUCAAAUCUUUGUUAAUUUGCAAUGAUGGUGUGACCAUUCAAGCUGCGGUUGUUCUUGAUGCCACCGGCUUCUCUCGAUGCCUUGUCCAAUAUGAUAAGCCAUAUAAUCCAGGCUACCAAGUAGCUUAUGGGAUUUUAGCAGAGGUGGAGGAACAUCCAUUCGAUGUCGACAAGAUGGUAUUUAUGGACUGGAGGGAUUCACAUCUGAACAAUAAUAAGAUUUUGAAGGAGAGAAAUGACAAAAUCCCCACGUUUCUCUAUGCAAUGCCCUUUUCAUCGAAUCGGAUAUUUCUUGAAGAAACUUCUUUGGUAGCUCGACCUGGAUUACAAAUGAGCGAUAUCCAGGAAAGAAUGGAGGCAAGAUUGAAGCACUUGGGUAUAAAAGUGAAGAGCAUUGAAGAGGAUGAGCAUUGUGUAAUUCCAAUGGGUGGACCGCUGCCUGUUCUUCCUCAAAGAGUUGUUGGAAUUGGUGGAACAGCAGGAAUGGUGCACCCUUCAACCGGAUACAUGGUAGCAAGAACUCUAGCAGCAGCACCUAUUGUCGCUAGUGCUAUAGUUCGGUACCUCGGUUCAGACGGAUGUUUCAGGGGAGAUGAGAUAUCGUCUGAAGUUUGGAAAGAUCUAUGGCCCAUAGAAAGGAGAAGGCAGAGGGAGUUUUUCUGUUUCGGUAUGGAUAUUCUGUUGAAGCUUGAUCUAAAGGGUACAAGAAGGUUUUUUGAUGCAUUUUUUGAUCUUGAACCUCGCUAUUGGCACGGAUUCUUGUCCUCGCGACUGUUCCUUCCUGAGCUGUUACUCUUUGGGCUUUCCUUAUUCUCUCAUGCAUCGAAUGCCUCUAGGCUCGAAAUCAUGGCAAAGGGAACUCCAUCUUUGGUAAACAUGAUUGGCAAUUUGGUGAAGGAUAGAGACUAAAACGAUUUGAGAGGUAUCGUGUUGUAAGCUAAUCAUCUUACUGAUGCACUUACACAUCUUCUCAUUUACUUCCGCAGAUGAUUGUUCCUAAGAUUAUGAAUUAGCUUUAGCUACUACCCAGCAUCUCUUUAGCAUGUUGUUCUUAGUUCACACUUCAUAUGAUAUGUACAUUUGAUAUCUGCUUCAGAUCAGAUCUUUUUAUGCACAAUAAUCCUUGUAAAUUCCAACAAAGACCAAAAACCGAGAUAUCGAGCCUCUGAUCAACUGUAGAUGCUCCAUUUUUCUUUGGUAGAAACAUCUCUGAAAUACAUGACUUUAAUUAGUUAUUGGAGAUAAAAUUUAGAAGAUUGCUACCCAGUUGAAGGUUGAUUAGGUAAUAUGGCUGUGAAUUUUCUUGCUUCUGUGUUGGAAGUUUCCUUGAACAUCUGAUUCUGAGAACAUUAUGAAAAAAUGCUGUGAUUAAAUGGCCCCUUUA